GCCGGUGACAGAAUAGGCGAUAAUGAAACCACCGUCUGAUACUCGAUGGUGUACCUUGUUCUUGAUAUCAACUUAUUUCAAUGCCGGUACACUUGAGAGGAUGGCGUAUGUAAUACUGCUCCUGAGUUCUAUGAACUUCGCAGGGAUAAAAUGAAUAGCGCCCUCAUAUGUCUUUCCUGGAUCAUCAUACAUAGCGGCAUGCUACUAGCAGCCGGCGAGAUGAUUUCCAUUUUUCCCAUCUCUCCCAUCUUCCCGCAGCUCCAUCAUUGCGGAGGAAAUACCAACGAGUCGAUUCCUAGUGACACAGCCUUUAUUGGACACUACCUCCUAGUCCUUCUGAGACUUCUGUCCACUCUUGACUUGUCAGAUGCAAUUGAAUAGUCCAAUCCAUUAUGUUCUCAGCCAAAAACCUAUUGUCAUCUUGGUCUUUCUUCCAUUUUUGGGACCUAG